CAUCAAUAUUUCCUAGGUCCUACAACAGCUAGUAUCCAGACUCCUCCGGCACGCCCAACAAGACUAUCGUCCCAGGCUCCAAGAGGGAACGGAAUUCUACGAACAGAUGAUGUGGAUCUCGAUGAACAACGAAUCACUGAAGACUUGUUCAAGAACUAUGAUCCAGGCCUUAGACCAGUGUUUAAGAAACAGGAUAAUGUUACUGUGACGUUAGGGGUCUCUGUGCAUCAGAUUAUUGACGUGGAUGAGAAGAAUCAAAUUAUCAAGACUAGUUUGUGGAUACGACAAAUAUGGAAUAAUCCAUUUCUACGCUGGAACUCUACUUAUUACGGGGGAAUCAAAUCCAUCAAUGUAAGCCCUAAACAAGUAUGGAAGCCGGAUCUGGUUCUCUACAAUAAUGCCGACCCAGGCACCGAUGGCUCUUUGGAGAAUUUCCAGACUCGUAUCAUUAUAUCAAGCGAUGGCACCAACAUGUGGCUGGCUCCAGUGAUUCUUUCUAGCUCCUGUAAAAUCAAGAUACAAUACUUUCCUUUUGAUGAACAGUAUUGCAGAUUGAAGUUUGGAUCUUGGACCUUUGAUGGCUUUCAUUUGGACAUUAGAGCCCAGGCCCCCUUUGCUGCGACAGGAAAAUUCGUACCGAACGGAGAAUGGGACUUGGUGGACGUACCUGCUAAACGUAAUGAAGAGUAUUAUGACUGCUGCAAGGCUCCAUACCCUGAUGUGACUUUUCGUAUCCAUAUUAAAAGAAGAGUGUUGUUCUUCCUCUUCAACCUCAUCAUUCCUUGUUUGGUUAUUGUAUUGUUGACGUCCUUGUCUUUCUAUCUUCCUCCUGAUUCUGGCGAACGAAUUUCCGUCGUCAUCACAAACCUACUGGCGAUGACUGUUUUCAUGUUGAUCGUCGCCGAAAUCUUACCUCCAACUUCCGACGAAGUAUCGAUUAUCAGCAUAUUUUACUCGUGCUCAAUCUUUGAGGUUGGCAUCGCUCUUCUUGGUACUUGCGUAGUUCUAAAAUAUCAUUUCUGCAGCACUUCUGUCCAUAAAAUGCCUCCAUGGGUUCAUUUUAUCGUGAUACAAUGCAUGGGCAAACUUUUCCGUAAAGUCCCCAACGACUCUGACGAAGGGACGCUUGAGAAACCUUCCUCAAAAGAGAACGAAAAACCUUCCAAAAUGGAAAAUGGAAUCACAGACAGUUUGUUGCUUCAAAGCGAUUCGUGCGGUAAAAAGAACCAAAGACGAGACAAGCGAUAUAUCCCUUUGAAGCCACUUCCACAUGCAACAGAUCAAGGCUCUAACUUAAGUAUGAGUUCAAAGACUGAUGACGAAAUGCACAGGCGCGGAACUCCGUACUCGACGCAUAGAUUUGACGACUUGUUGGCGGAACCGUCCUGUGACCGCAGUGUUAUUGCUCACGCAAUCCUUGCCAAGCAAGAAAUCAUGUCCAGAAACUUAGAGAUCCUUGCGCGUGCGCAGAAGGAGGAAAACGAAGAUUCCAAAGCUAAAGAUGAGUGGCAGUUGGCGGCGUCCAUUUUGGAUAACUUUUUCUGCUGGCUGUUUUUAUUGAGCAUUAUCGUUUCUUCAGCAGUGUUGUUCUUUCGCAUAAACGAAGCAAGAACAACCGACCAGACUCCAAUAGUAAUAGAUACAGAUGAGGCCAGACUACUUGAAGAUGUACUGGGGAAAAGCUACGAUAAAAAGCUGCGCCCUGUCAUAGAUAAACACAAAAAUGUAACAGUGGUUCUGGGAUUGACGCUCAACCAAAUUAUGGACGUGAUAGAGAAAUUCCAAAUCUUGCAACUGAGCUUGAACGUCCGGCAGAUUUGGGCUAAUGACUUCAUUCAAUGGAAUUCCUCUGAGUACGGAGGAAUCGACCAGAUUAAUGUUGAACCUUCUGAACUGUGGAAGCCAGAUAUCUACCUUUACAACAAUGCCGACGCUUCAUUUGAUGGCUCACUCUAUGGAUUUAAAGCCAAGAUCAAAGUAGAAAGUAAUGGCAAAAACUCCUGGCUUGCUCCCAUAAUCCUGACCAGCUCAUGUAAAAUAGAUGUCAGGUACUUUCCCUUCGAUCAGCAGAAUUGUAUGCUGAAAUUUGGUUCUUGGACGUACGAUGCUGCUUCAGUUGACAUCGUCCCAGAAGCGCCAUCAGCCAAUCUUCUGGAUUAUCAACAGAAUGGUGAAUGGGAUUUGAUUGACUUUCCCUGCGAGCAGAACAAGAAGUCCUAUGUCUGCUGCCCCAAUCCCUUUACUGACGUCACGUGCACACUCCAAAUAAGGAGAAGAACCAAAUAUUACUGGAUUAACCUGAUUAUACCCUGCAUGUUGAUAACAGUGUUGUCAUUGCUGUCUUUCAUGGUGUCCACCGAGUCUGGAGAACGUAUUACCCUUGUCAUCACUAACCUACUGGCCCUGACUGUCUUCAUGUUGAUUGUAGCUGAUAUCUUACCACCAACAUCAGAGGUCGUUCCCUUGAUCAGCAUCUAUAUCACGUGCUCUAUCACCGAGGUUGGUAUUGCGUUGGUAGCAACCUGUGUCGUACUCCAGUGUUACCAUACCAAUCCUGACAUGAAUGAAAUGCCUUUCUGGAUGAGGUACUUUGUCUGUCAGAAGCUCGGAAAACUGCUAAGGAUACAAAAAAUCAAGCAUAAGAUUGCUGAAAAAGAAGCAAAAGACGGUGUAGAUGGUCUUCUCAAGAAACCAAAAAUAGAACCACGAAACAAGCUAUUUGGGUUUAGUAGCCUGCCCCUUCCAAGGUCAGACAGUUACGAGAAACUCUUCAAUACUUCAGCAGGGGAAGCCAGCUGCAAGGUGUGCCAGGAAAACAAGGAAGCACCAUCACGUCCAGUCAGUCAGUAUUUCCAGGAAGCAGCAAUGUACAAACUCACCGACCGCAAUCUUCAAGAAUCAGAAAUCAGCCUUGCGGGAUCCCUGUGUGAUGAGCCUCUUGAUGCAGCAGAGUGUAAAGAAGACUGCACAUGCGCGAGCUUGCGGCCUGUGUUACCGCUGCUUGGAGCCAUUAUUCACCGUCAGGAUCACAUCGUCGAAGGCAUCAAGAAGUUGACUGACAACCUCCAAGAGGAGGAUAUCAUGGGUGGGGACAGAGAUGAAUGGAUCUUUGCUGCGCAUGUCCUUGAUAGAUUAUUGCUGUACUGUUUUAUCAUUGUGCUUUUUUCGUCUACUCUUUUCACCUUUGUUAUGAUCCCUUCGUACGACUGAGCGUCACGUGGUCACAAGUACCGCCAAGCUGGAGGGUACGCCGAGAUUCAUUAAUGUCAUCCAAGAUGGCGGCUACCAUCACGUGACCCGAUAAUGGAACAUGAAUCUAGAAGAUGGUGCUUGUAUGGAAAAAAAUUAGCGAAUCUGAAAUCUUUGGCUGCUAAAUGGGUAUACUAGCAGUGAAGCUACCCUUUGCGUCAAUGGAAGUUGAUACCACGAGAAAAACAGAAAGAAAUGUCCAGCUACGCCUGCCUGUUGCUAUGCUCACUUUUUCUCGUGCUCUAGCUCUUCCUAACUUGUAGAUUUUGUUUAAAUAUAUAUAGCUGUCUGUCUAUAUAUUAUAUAUUUCUGAGUUUUCAUGAGAUAUUUUGAAUACCGAGAACGGAGGCAAUAAGUCGUAUACGUCGUGACUAGGCCCUAGCCCUGGCUUGGAAGGCAUGUUCGAUGUAAAAUAACCUACAUUUUCAUUUAUUCAGGGUCUUAAUUUAGAUAUGGUUUCGUCAAAAUGUUGAAAUGUUGUCAUUUGUGUUUGUAAAAUGGGUGCUUUUUUUUUUUUUUUUGUAUAUCGUACUUACAGUGUGUACGAGUAUCUUUUUGUACCUUAGAAAUUAGAUCCAUUGUUUGUCUUUGUAAUACUAAUACCCAAAAAUAAGUCUUAAAGCGUUUGCUGAUGUCCGUAGAAGAAUAAAAGAGAUUAAAAACAAUGGAAUCGAAAAA